UUGCCUUGUCGCCACCUCACAACAGUGAUAUAGUAUGAUGCGAUGUUAUAUUAGAUUCUUGAUGAAUGUGUGUUGUUAUUCAGCCUGGUUCAAUGUGCACCUUUUUAACUUUGAGCACCCGCCCCUUUAAACGUCUCUGCACGGCCUUGCUUUUUAGCGCCUCUUACUGGCAGAUGAGGUGACCUGAUGGAGCAGUGGCGAGACAGUUGUUAUUAUUGUGAAGAAGUUAUCCAAAUAAACUGUAAUGCUCGUGGUCACGGAGACUUAAAACUAUAUGAAUACAUUCCCUCUGAAGCCAUGCUCUUUCUUUGCCGUUGCACAGAUUUUGAGUCACGGCUUCUACGUCGUAUCUUUGAUUUUUACGGAGCAAAUACGCAGUGGGAGUUACAUUUGUGACAGUUACCGGGCUGUCAUGGAGCGCUGGCGGGGCAGAGUGGCUCUGGUGGCCGGAGCCUCGGUCGGGAUUGGGGCGGCUAUAGCCGUAGAGUUAGUCCGGCUCGGCAUGAAAGUGGUGGGCUGUGCCAGGGACGUCGGAAAGAUUCAGAAACUGGCAGCAGAGUGUCAGAGCGCCGGUCACCCUGGCGUUUUGGUGCCUUUCAAGUGUGACUUGAGCAAAGAGGAGGAGAUUCUGUCCAUGUUUGCAGCGAUCAAAGAGCAGCACAAAGGUGUGGACGUGUGCAUCAACAACGCUGGCUUGGCUCAUCCAGAGGCGCUGCUAAAUGGCAAAACCAGCGGCUGGAAGAACAUGAUGGAUGUGAACAUCCUUGGGUUGAGUAUUUGCACGCGUGAGGCGUAUCAGUCAAUGAAAGAGAGAAACGUGGAUGAUGGGCACAUCAUAAACAUAAACAGUAUGUCCGGUCAUCGUGUACUUCCCAAUGCAACUACACAUUUCUACACCGCCACCAAGUUUGCUGUAACCGCUCUGACUGAGGGCCUGAGGCAAGAACUGCGUGCAGAAAAAACUCAUAUCCGAGCCACGAGCAUUUCUCCUGGUUUGGUGGAGACUGAAUUUGGUCCACGGCUCUUCAAAGACGAUCCUGAUAAGGCUGCUGGUCUAUACUCAGAAUAUAAGCCUCUGGAAGCAAAAGAUGUUGCCAGUUCUGUUGUAUAUGUGCUCAGUGCCCCUCCUCAUGUUCAGAUUGGAGACAUUCAGAUGCGAGGGACAGAGCAGGUGUCUUAGAGCUGCACCACGAGACCCUCUCAAACUAUACAAUGACAGAUUUCACUUCUUUACAACAUUUUAAAAGAUAAUGACUUGAUACGAUCAUGAAACAAUUUUAUGGUGUUGUUUUUUUUUCCCACAAAUGUAUAAAAUAAAAAACAAUCUUCAGGGGAAAUUUGUUGCAUUUUUUUUUUUUUUAAUUGCAUUAAGUCUGAUUUUUUAAUAAAAUCUUUAUCGUUUAAAAACCAUGUCUGAACCUUAAGUAUAAAUGUACUUGAGGAAUUAAGCAUCAGUAGUAUUAAUGAAGUAUAGCAAGAUAUGUAAGAUAAUUGUAAAUAUUUUAGAAAAAGAAAAUGCAAAAAUAAAUAGAAAAUAUAUUUAUGUAAUAUCAAUAAGUGACACAUCACAAAUACAUGUAAAUAAUUAAAUAAAAUGGUGAACCUACUGACUCGUUGUUAUUCUUAAGCUGUGGUUUUGAUUACUAAUUGACUGAGUUUCUUUUUUUUUUUUGUGUCUGUCAGUAUUCCAGCAUCGUACAUUCUGUUUUAUACUUAAAAUGAUAAGUAGUCUUAGAGGUGGAUUCUUUGUGUUUUAGUUGACUGUAGCCUCCCACAUGUUUCUCUAUGCUGUGUGUUUUUGUCACAGUGCUGUGUCUAGUUGGUUACUUUCAGCUUUACUUUGUGAGUUGUCUUUUCUGCUUUGCCUUCGGUUUUGUUUUUCCAUGUCCUGUGUGUUUUUAAAGUCUCGGUUUGCUUGUGUGCUCUGUUGUGUCACACUGUGUUCCAGCUCGCUUUGCUCCUAAUGUGCUUCCUGCUGGCUUCUUGUGUGUUUAGUUAAUGUGUAGUAAUGGCAUAAACAAAUGCCAUGCGUUUUGAAACUCUGUAACUUCAUUGUUUUUUUGGGGGGUUUUUUAAUCCCCUCUCUCUCCUGCGGGUAGUUUAUCCUUAAAGCUCGGGUCCUCUACCAGACCCUGGGAGUAUGAAGGUGCGCUCUUCUAGGACUGUGUUCUUCUGAACAGAGGUCUGAUAUGGUUCCUGGGAUCUGCUGGAGUUUCCCACUCUCACAUACAUUAAUCACAUAAUUUCAGUUUCUGUGAGACACCUGCACAACUCUUCUGAGUUUCCUCAGUAUCCACUCUUUUUUGCAGUGCAUUUUCUCUGGUUUAUUGGAAACUGAAUUUGCUCCAUGACUCUACAAGGACACUCCCGAUAAAGCAGGUGCAAGCGACAGAGCAGCCCUUAUAGAACUACACCAUGUGACCUUGUCAAAUAAUGGACUGAAUUUUUUUUUUUUAUACUUCUUUGCUACAUUUAUGAAGAUGAUUUUAACUUGUCAUUAAACAGUUUUAUGAAGUUGUUAUAGACAUUAUAUACUAAGGUAUGAAAUAAUCAAGUAAUUAUUUUGGGGGGAACUUUGUUGUACUUCCCUAUCUAAUUGCACUUCACGGAUAUUUGUUAGAAAAACUUUAUGGUGUAAAACAUUAAACCUUAAGUAUGAAAAUAUCUGAAAAUAUAUAUUUCAGUAUUCAAAAAGAAUUGCUUAACAUAGUUAAGAUAAAACAUACAUAAAUCAGUGGUAAAAUAGCUCAUAUAUAUUUCUAUAAUGUCCAUUCCACAUUACUAAUACCUGCAAAUAAGUGAACAAACCAAUCCUAAAAAUAUUUGCAUAAAUCUAUCCAUCUAUUUAUCGUUAUAUAAACUCAACUUUUCCUGUGUCCGUUUAGAAGCACAUUAGAUGGUGCAAAGGAAUGUAUAGCCAGUACUGAAAUAAAUACUAAUACUAGAUGUGACUCUUAAAUUUAAGUCGGAGUUUUACUUGCUGUUGAUCAGUUUGUGCAAUCUGAAUUCCCUUGGAAGUAUUUAAUUACAACAACAGAGCUGAUUGAUCUGUUUUCCUAUGUUUGCACCUUAUUUUAAUGCAGCACACAAACCUGUUUUAGAGCGUGGGGCGUAGCGUGGCACCA